AUGCCUUCAUUACUGCACGAAAACAUAGCAGGUUUGAACGAGAAUAGAUCCUUGGAGGACAAACAAUUAGCUCAGGUCUCGACGGUUGAGCUUGAGGACAAGUCAUCCACCAGUCCCAGUGAACAUGGUAAUGCCGAAGAACAUCUUUCAACCUACCCAUGGUUGAUCGUCUCACCAUACCUGGAGCGUGAACACCAACUGGACCUCAGAACCGUUGAUACUCCCUUUCGGUUGCUGGCGCUUGCCUUGACAAGGCUCGAGAAAGCAACCAACGACUAUGCCACCGUCAAAUACGAGGAUGCGUUCAAAUGGUCGGAUCUGAUAAAUCAUCUCAAGGACCUGGCAGAUCGAGAAGGUUAUGAGUGGAAACGACAGAUAUUCUAUGUGGUGGAGUUCCGGUCAAAAUUGAAAAGCGAAAUUGACAACGAACUGCUGUUCAAAUUGGAUAAGAAGUCUCAUGAAGAGGCCACAGCUUGUGGUGGACUUCUCAAGUACUGGUACGGCGAGCCGGACCAAGAACGGAGAAAUCUUGCAACGUGUUUGUGGAGGAGCAAAGAGGAUGCAAUUAAUGGUGGUAGAGGUCCCUGGCAUAAGCAAGCCAGAGCUUGCAUUGCGAACAUGUACGAAAGCAUUGAUGUUACCGGCGUUCAACUCACCGUUGAGGAUGAUGUAAAGAGCUGGCAUUUUGAGCGAUGGAGUCAUUAG